CUUUUCCUGCACCUACUCUUCCUUGAACCUGGUGCAGGUGCCUUUCAGCUGCGCAGAAAGCGUGCCUCGUGCCUGCCCAGAGGAGGCCUCUGCUCAAAACCUUCUACUUCCAGACUUCAGUUUCCUGCAGAGAAGAAUUGAGUCAGUCGGGGAGCAGGCCUAGUCCUCAGCUCUGGCUCUCUGCCUCACCACACGCUCAUGUGCUCUCCCGGCUGCCUCUAAGCGGUGUCAUGAGUCUGGGCCAGGUGGGGGAUUAAUUCCUGGGGGCACUUGAGGGCUGAGAAGGAAGAAAAAUGACAGGUCCAGGGCCACCCACAGAGAGGGGCAGCUGCCAUCCUUGGUAGUUCCCACCUCCUAGGAGACAGUGGCAAGAAUGGUCAGGAGCCCAGGCUGAGAAAGACCGCCUAAGGGGGCGGAGGGGGGGGGGCUGGGCAGAACUGCCCUCUGCCAAAACCUAGCUCCGCCAGGCAGGCUUCAGCCUCUUAGCUCCUCCUCCUCCUCACCGCUGCCCUCACCCCACAAACAUACAGACACUUAACAGUCCUGCUCCAGAGCAAGAGUCCACCCCUCCAGACUUUGGCCUUAGCUGUAGCUAGUGUGGGAGCCUGGGAAGUCCGAGAGCAAAGUCUCUUAAGCAGACGAAAAAGCUACAGCUUCACACAUUGUGUGCCUGCCAGCUUUCCCCAGAGUCUGGGCUGCCAUCUGCAGGGCAUCGCACCUAACCAUGUGGCUGCCCCUGCUUCUCGGUGCCUUGCUGUGGGCAGUGCUGUGGUUGCUCAGAGACCGGCAGAGACUGCCUGCCAGCCACGCUUUCAUAUUCAUCACUGGCUGUGACUCGGGCUUUGGGCGCCUCCUGGCAUUGCAACUUGACCAGAAAGGCUUCCAAGUCCUGGCCGGCUGCCUGACCCCCUCUGGGGCAGAAGACCUACAGCAGAUGGCCUCCCCCCGCCUCCACACAACAGUGCUGGAUAUCACUGACCCCCAGAAUGUCCAGCAGGUUGCCAAGUGGGUGAAGACGCAUGUUGGAGAAACUGGGCUCUUUGGUCUGGUGAAUAAUGCUGGUGUGGCCGGUGUCAUCGGACCUACGCCGUGGCUGACAAGGGACGAUUUCCAGCACGUGCUGAACGUGAACACACUGGGUCCCAUUGGGGUCACCCUUGCCCUGCUACCCCUGCUACAACAGGCCCGGGGCCGGGUGGUCAACAUCACCAGCGUCCUGGGUCGUCUCGCAGCCAAUGGCGGGGGCUACUGUGUUUCCAAGUUUGGCCUGGAGGCCUUCUCCGACAGCCUGAGGCGGGACAUGGCUCCAUUUGGAGUACGAGUCUCCAUUGUGGAGCCUGGCUUCUUCCGAACCCCCGUGACCAACCUGGAUAGUCUGGAGAACACCCUGAAGGCUUGUUGGGCCCGGCUACCACCGGCUACACAGGCCCGCUAUGGGGAAGCCUUCCUCACUUCUUAUCUCCAGGUGCAGCGCCGCAUCAUGAACCUGAUCUGUGACCCAGACCUGACUAAGGUGACCAGCUGCCUGGAGCAUGCUCUGACAGCUCGUCACCCCCGAACCCGCUACAGCCCAGGCUGGGAUGCCAAGCUGCUCUGGCUGCCUGCCUCCUACCUUCCAGCCAGCCUGGUGGACGCUGUGCUCACCUGGGUCCUUCCCCGGCCUGCCCAGGCAAUUGACUGAGGCCAGCUCUCCAUUUAUGUCUGUCUCCACCCUGGUGCCGCCCCGUUCCUGGCACGGAGUCAGCUCUCAAUAAAUACGUAUUGCUUUAAAA